AUGGCUAAACGACGUCUUGAAGAUGCAAUUGUUGCAUCACGUGCACUUAGUGUUGGAAUUAAAUUAAUUGAUCAAUUUCGUAGUGCAACAAAUUUAUUUUCUCAUGAUGUUCAUUAUCAUUCAGGUAUAUUUUCAUUACGUUUUUCUGAUGAACUCGAUCAAAUAGCUGUUGGUUAUGGUGAUGGUUCAAUAAGAUUUUUUUCUGUUACAAAUGGUAAACAAACAAAUGAAUAUCUUCCAAGUAGUUUACCACCACUUGAACAUUUACGUCGUCUUUCAAUGGAUUUACCUAUAAUGUCACUUAAAUGGCAUCCAUUAGUAACACAUCUUUUAUUUGCUGCAUGUGUUGAUGGUACUAUAAGAAAAAUUGAUAAACAAAAAAAUGAAUUAAAUGUUAUUGGAUAUGAACCUGAUAAUGAAUUAACAUCUAUGGAUUUUUCAUCUGAUGGUAAAUAUUUUGCUACUGUUGGAAAAGAUGCACAUAUACGUAUAUAUGAUAGUGAAAAAUGUUCAAUUAUACAUAAAUAUCAUAAUCAACGUACUGAUACACAAUUAGAACAAAUACAUAGUCAACAUGAUAAUACUGGUGAAGAUUUAACAUGUACAACUGGUCAUUAUUAUCGAGCAUUUGCAUGUAAAUAUCAUCCUGAUCAUAAAGAUAUAUUAUUUACAGGUGGUUGGGAUAAUAUUGUUAAAAUAUGGGAUAUACGUCAAAAAGAAGCUAUGAAUGAAGCUAUUAUUGGGCCACAUAUAUGUGGUGAAGGUAUUGAUGCACGUGGAAAUGAAAUUUUAACAGCAUCAUGGACACGUUCAAAUUCACUUCAAAUAUGGGAUUUUCGUACAAUGAGUCUUUUAAAAACACUUAAUAUACCUAAUGCUGCUGAUGAAAAAGGUGAAUUUAUGUAUUCAGCUCAAUUAUGUGAUAAUCGUACUGUAUUAGCUGUUGGUAGUGGUACAUGUGCAUGUCAUGUUAUUAAUAUAGAAACAAAUCAAGAAAUAGCUCGUUUACCAUUAUCAAAACCUAUUUAUGCACUUGAUUCAAUGUUAGGUGGACGAGUUUUUGCUUUCGGUGGUCUUGAUAAAUUUUGUAUAGCACAUAUGAAAGAUAAUUAA